UAAUAAGCAUCGUUAGAGAUCAUCAUGGAGCAAGUAUUUCCGAACCUGUCCCUCCUGCCGAGCUCGUGUUACUACGACACUCCAGGUAAAAUGCAUCAUCCCCAUCAGCUGUCGUCGCAGCAGGUUUUUUGGCUGGCGCUUCAGCAACGCUGGGAUGAAUUGACGAGUCGUCAUCCCAUGCACCAUCAGCAAGGCCCGGAUUCGCGUCCGAUGAUUCGCUGCGAAAAGCCACCCUACUCGUACAUCGCUUUGAUAACGAUGGCCAUAAACUCGACGGCCCAGCGUCGGCUCACGCUGUCGGGCAUCUACCGCUACAUAAUGGAUCGUUUCCCGUACUACCGGGACAACCGACAGGCCUGGCAGAACAGCAUUCGCCAUAACCUCAGUUUGAACGAGUGCUUCGUCAAGGUGCCCCGGGACAGGACCGACGAGGAGGCUAUAGCUUCGCACGGCAAGGGUAGCUUUUGGACUCUCGCGCCCUCGGCAACGGGGAUGUUCGAGAACGGCAACUACAGGCGCCGCAAGACCAGGAAACAACGUCAGAUUAGACUCAGGCAUAGCCACUGCAAGAGAAAUAGCGGCGUCUGUCUGCGGAUGAUCAACGGAACGGCCAACGAUGCCGCCGCCGAGGCUGGUGAUGGCUUGGAUAGCCGAGCUGUAGGUACGAGUAAUUCCGCUCUGUUCACCAUCGACAACAUACUGAGGAAGAAGGCGUCGUCGCCGGUGAGCUGA